AUGAUUGAUCCCACUUUACCUGAAUUUCUCGUUGGAGUUGGAAUAUUUCUACUCUUUGUUUUACUAUUAUCGGAAAUUGUCGACGGAGUGGAUAUGUUUUCAAUGGAAAGUUGCGGAUAUUCGAAUUCAAUUUCUUUCGGAUAUGACAAUGAGAAUGGACCACACAAAUGGAAAUUGUUAUUCCCUGAAAGCGAUGGCUGCAGCCAAUCUCCCAUCAAUAUCGUAACACGUCUUGCUGUAGUUUUACAAUCAUCUGAACCUUUAAAAUGGAGUGGCUAUCGUUCACAACCUACAUCAAUGUCGUUGGAAAAUGACGGAAAUUCCGUGAUGGUAACCGGUGUUUGGUCAGGCGGAGCUGUACCGAAUGUAACGAAAGGACCAUUAAAUGAUACGUACAAUUUUCACUCGAUGAUUUUCCAUUGGGGACCAGCGAAUGAUGAAGGAAGUGAGCACACUAUGGAUUACAUUAAAUACACAAUGGAACUUCAAAUGGUUCAUGUGAAAAAAUGUUACACCUCCCCUAAGGAUCCUUCUCUGCUUCAUACUCGUGAUGCUGUGGCAAUAAUUUCCUAUUUUUUACAAAUAACGAAUGUGGACAACCCUUACUUAGAUCAUAUUGUGACAAAUUUAUGGCGAAUUACGAAGACCGGAACAAAAGUCUCUAUACCACCAUUUCCUUUGGAAUGGCUUUACCCACCCUUUGAAUGUUCUUAUUAUAGUUACAAUGGUUCACUUACCCAACCUCCCUGCACUGAAAUGGUCACUUGGAUCAUUCAACCAGAACCUAUUGCCGUCUCUUCAUUUCAAGUGGCGCAAUUUCGUAAAAUACGUUCCGUUAAUGGUAAUCGGAUAUUAUUAAAUACAAGACCCGUUCAGAAAUUGUAUGAUCGUGAAGUUUAUUUUUAUGAUUAA